AUAGCAGUUUUUUAAGUGGAUAGCAGUCGUUUGUUUCACGGGCGAGUUGGGAUAGGGAUGGCUAGAUGCUUCGAAUAUUCGUCCAAAACUCGGCUCCGCGGGUCCGCGAAAAUCUCGCGGAUGUGGGCAUCCCGCGCGCGCGGGGGGCGCGAAGGGAGCCCGUGAAACGUUUUUCAGCGCCGUCUCGUUUCAUUCGCCUCCCACAAAAGGGCAACCUUAUCUCUUUUCCCCUUUCCAUUUCACUUCUCUCCUGUCCAGUGGCGGCGGCAGAUCGAAGCCCGACGACGGCGGUGAGUGCGUAGCGGCGCCAGCAGAUCGAAGCCCGACGACGGCGUAGCUCAGGUCAAAGGCAGGUCAAAGGCGACAGGGAAGUCAGGGACUACUACAUCUUCCUAUCGUUGAUUUUCUCUCCAAAAUCUAAGAUGGACAAAAAGACAAAGAUGUUAAUUUGUGCGGCAGUGGCACAAUGGUUUAUCAAUAUGAUAGCUUUGGUUGUUCAAUCUAGAAAAAGAAAAAGGAGAGAAGCAAUUACAUAUGCCCCAAUCGAUGAGAGAGAUAGGAUGAGAAGAGAGUACUUUGAUAACAAAGUAUGGAAAAAUGAUACAACUAGUGUGAACAUGCUCAGGCUUCGGAGGGCACCAUUCUUUCGGUUUUGUCAACUCUUUAGAGAUCGCAAUUUGCUAAAAGACACAGUCCAUAUGUCUAUUGAGCAACAAGUAGCAAUGUUUUUGCACACCAUUGGUCAUAAUGUCAGGAAUAGGGUAAUUGGAGGGAAUUUCGGUAGAUCCGGGGAAGUUGUUAGCCGGUAUUUCCAUAGAGUACUCCAUGCAAUUGGUGAGCUUCGAGAUGACCUUAUUAGGAAGCCUUCAUUGGAGACUCAAACCAAAGUAGAAGGAAACUACCGGUGGGAUCCAUACUUUAAGGAUUGUAUUGGAGCUAUUGAUGGCACACAUGUACGUGCCUCUGUUACUCCUGAUAUGGAGCCUGCCUUUCGUGGUAGAAAGAAACAUACUACUCAAAAUGUGAUGGCGGCUGUUGAUUUUGAUCUUCGAUUCACAUAUGUGUUGGCUGGUUGGGAAGGGACAGCACAUGAUGCUACAGUUUUACGUGAUGCUUUAAUACGUGAAAACGGUCUACGUGUCCCACAAGGAAAAUUUUAUCUAGUUGAUGCUGGAUAUGGAGUCAAACCAGGGUUCUUGCCACCUUUUCGUGGUGUGAGGUACCAUUUGAAUGAGUGGGGAAACAAUCCUGUGCAAAAUGAGAAGGAGCUGUUCAACCUUAGGCAUUCUUCUCUUCGCACAACCGUAGAACGUGCAUUUGGGUCAUUGAAGAGAAGAUUCAAAAUUCUUGAUGAUGCCACUCCAUUCUUUCUUUAUCCUACUCAAGUAGAUAUUGUUGUGGCUUGCUGCAUCAUUCAAAAUUGGGUUCUAAAUGAUGGGAUUGAUGAAUAUAUCAUACCUGAGGAUGAAUGGGUGCCAAAUAUCACUCAUGCUUCAACAUCAACUGGACAAGCAGAAGAACAUGCAUACAUGGUUAACUUUAGGCAAGGCCUUGCUGAUCAAAUGUGGGAAGACCGACAAAACUAUAUGCAACAUCAAAACGUGUAGUAGCUACCAUGUCAUUUAGUUUGCUGCGACAAUCUAUUGUACUUUCUUGUUGGAACUAUUGUUUUUGCUGGAAUUACUUUGUAAUGUCAUUUUAUCCGUUGUAAUAUUUGCUGAAUUGGUUAUUCGUCUCCAAAUACUUGUGGAAUUGGUUCUUUAUCUCCAAAUGCUUGCUGAAUUGGUUUAUUAUCUCUAAAUACUUCUUGAAUUGGUUUUUUAUCUUCAAAUACUUGUUGAAUUGGUUCUCUAUCUCCAAAGGCUUGCUGAAUUGGUUCAUUAUCUCUAAAUA